AUGGGGAGCUGAGGGAGAAUAACAGUAGUUAGCUAGCAACAGACAACAACCGCAGUUAAUGAAAUAAAUUAGCGACGGUUCAGGCGGCGAGCUACCGGAGGCCACCAUGACAAACAUCACGAAGAAAGUGUCGUGGUCCAGCCGGGCCGAGGAGUCCGGGGCAGCCGGGGAGGGGACACCGCUGCUCAACGGGUCCGAGCAGCCCCGACACUCCAGACAGCUGUCUGGAGGAGGCAGUAUAUUUCAGAUAGGCAGACUCAGCACGGUGGAUUUGGAGGGGGAGAUAACGUCAGAUGAGGAGUCUCUUAGGGGGCGGCCGAAAGAGAUCCCUCAUAAUGAGAAGCUUCUGUCACUUAAAUUUGAGAGUCUGGACUAUGAUAACAUUGAGAACCAGCUGUUUCUGGAGGGUCUGGACUAUGAUAACAUUGAGAACCAGCUGUUUCUGGAGGAGGAAAGGAGGAUGAGUCACAUGGGUUUCCGCUGUCUGGAGAUCAGUCGCUGGGUGGUCUGCGGUCUAAUCGGCUUUCUGACCGGCCUCAUCGCCUGUUUUAUAGAUAUUGUGGUGGAGCAGCUAGCUGGAAUCAAAUACCAAGUGGUCAAAGAGAACAUAGAGAAGUUUACAGAGGUGGGCGGCCUGUCAAUCUCUCUCAUACUCUGGGCGGUCCUCAACUCUGCCAUUGUCAUGCUGGGCGCCAUCAUAGUUGCAUUUUUCGAGCCCAUAGCAGCAGGAAGUGGCAUUCCUCAGAUAAAAUGUUACCUAAAUGGAGUCAAGAUUCCCAGGGUGGUACGACUCAAGACACUGGUGGUGAAAGUGUGUGGUGUUAUCUGUUCUGUGGUCGGCAGUCUUGCUGUCGGAAAGGAAGGACCCAUGAUUCACUCUGGUGCUGUUGUAGCUGCAGGGGUCUCACAGGGCAGGAGCACCUCUUUAAAGAGAGACUUCAAGAUCUUUGAAUACUUCCGGAGAGACACAGAAAAGAGGGACUUUGUGUCUGCUGGAGCCGCUGCCGGAGUCUCAGCUGCUUUUGGAGCACCAGUCGGUGGCGUUCUGUUCUCUCUGGAGGAGGGCGCUUCUUUCUGGAACCAGAUGUUGACGUGGAGGAUAUUCUUUGCCUCCAUGAUCUCAACCUUCACCCUGAACUUCUUCCUCAGUGUCUACCACAACAAUACAGGAGACCUUUCCAACCCCGGUCUCAUCAACUUUGGGCGCUUUGAGAGCGAUAGUGUGGCCUAUAACCUCUAUGACAUUCCCUUGUUCAUCGCUAUGGGAGCUAUAGGUGGAUUGCUGGGAGCUCUGUUCAACGUUCUCAAUUACUGGCUGACCAUCUUCAGGAUCAGGUAUGUUCAUCGCCCUUGUUUACAAGUGAUGGAGGCCAUGUUGGUUGCUGCAGUGACCGCGGCAGUAUCAUUCACCAUGAUCUACUUCUCCAAUGACUGUCAGCCUCUGGGGCCAGAGCACACUGAGGAGUACAAAAUGCAGUUGUUCUGUGCAGAUGGGGAGUAUAACUCCAUGGCAACGGCCUUCUUCAACACUCCUGAGAGAAGUGUGCGCAGUCUCUUCCACAACCAGCCAGGAACCUACAACCCACUGACCCUGGGUUUGUUCACCUUGACUUAUUUCUUCCUGGCGUGUUGGACGUACGGCCUGGCGGUGUCCGCUGGAGUCUUCAUCCCAUCUCUGCUAAUAGGAGCAGCCUGGGGAAGACUGUGUGGGAUACUGUUGGCCUCCAUCACAUCUACUGGCUCGAUCUGGGCAGACCCUGGUAAAUAUGCCCUGAUUGGAGCUGCAGCUCAGUUAGGUGGCAUUGUGAGGAUGACUCUCAGUUUGACUGUCAUCAUGGUGGAGGCUACAGGAAAUGUCACAUAUGGUCUUCCCAUCAUGCUCGUCCUCAUGACUGCCAAGAUAGUGGGAGACUAUUUUGUGGAGGGUCUGUAUGAUAUCCACAUCAAGCUGCAGAGUGUUCCCUUCCUGCACUGGGAGGCUCCUGCCACCUCCCACUGGUUGACCGCCAGAGAGGUAAUGAGUUCUCCAGUCACCUGUUUGAACAGGAUAGAGAAGGUGGGAACCAUCGUGGACACCCUUAGCAACACGUCCACCAAUCACAACGGCUUCCCAAUCGUCGUGCAGGUCACUGCUGGUGAUGAGCCAGCGAAGCUCUGCGGUCUCAUCCUCCGCUCUCAGCUCAUCGUUCUCCUCAAGCACAAGGUGUUUGUGGAGUUGGCCCGGUCCCGGCUGACGCAGAGGAAGCUCCAGCUGAAGGACUUCAGGGACGCUCCCCGCUUCCCCCCGAUCCAGAGCAUUCACGUCUCCCAGGACGAGAGGGAGUGUAUGAUGGACCUCACGGAGUUCAUGAACGCAACGCCUUACACUGUACCACAGGAAACAUCUCUGCCUCAUGUGUUUAAGCUGUUCAGAGCGCUGGGACUCCGACACCUGGUCGUGGUGGAUGAUGAAAACAGGGUGAUUGGACUUGUGACCAGAAAAGACCUGGCCAGAUAUCACAUGGGCAAACAUGGACUGGAGGAACUUCAGCUGGCCCAGACAUAAUACACCCACACACACACACUCACACUCUUACACACUUGAACUAUGACCACCUGAUGCCUCAUAAGCUCUAUGCAGGACACCAUCGAGGGCCAAGAGGUCUCCCUUAUUCUUUGAUGCCAAAAUGGUCACCGUGACGACACAAGGAAAUCCCCGUGUACAGGUCUGUUGGGUCAUUAACGAAAGACACUUUUAAUGUAAAACUGCUCCUGGUGUAAAACAUUUGAAGAAAAAAACAGCUCCCCCGAUCUUUGUGAAAUGUUUUAUCUUGAAAGGAUUCUUGAACUUCCUUUUCUUUCGGUCGUAUAGAAAGUAAUGUAUAAUGAACAGAAAAGAAAAAAUGCCUUAUUGGAGGAUUUUUCCUGCGCUUAUACACAUUCACAGACCUCACCCCCAGACAUUUUAUG